UGACGUGUCACCGCGCACGGGGAGGGGAGGGAGGCGUCGGUGGCGACCGACCGGCUGAGAUGAGAUGAGCGGAGUUUGGAGCGUGAUUCAGGAUGGACAGUUAGGGAGCGGGUCAUGUCCCCGCUGCACGGGUCGACAUGCAGUGGAGAAGACACGUGGGCGGCUGCGUCUUCAGCCUCGUCUUCGUUGUGUCUUAUUUCACCAAUAAGUUUGUCCUGUCUGUGUUAAAAUUCACAUAUCCGACGUUAUUUCAAGGGUGGCAGACGUUCAUCGGAGCUCUUCUUCUUCUGCUCUUUGGAAAGCUGGGAUGGGUGGAGAUACAUCGCAUCACCAGAUCAGCAGCUCUGCCCUGGCUCCCAGCCUCCCUCCUCUUUGUUGGAAACAUAUAUGCUGGUUCCAGGGCCUUAUCGCGCAUCGAAAUCCCUUUUUUCUUCACACUUCAGAAUUCCUCUCACGUCGUUAGUUACUCAAUCCUGAAGAUCGUCCAUAGAGAGAAGAUGACGUGGCUGAAAUUUGUCAGCGUGUUUCUCAUGCUGCUUUCAGCCAUCAACCUUCCCCUCUAUGAUCCUCAGUUUGACUCCAGUGGUUACCAGUGGGCUGUUUGUCAUCUGUUCUGUGUUGGUGCAUACAGGGUGUUUCAGGUUCACUACAAGCCCAGUAACUUGAGUGACCUUGAACAACAGUGCAUCAACUAUUUGUUCAGCGUGCUGUUGCUGGCAGUUGCUGCUCAUCCAACAGGCGACCUCACGGGCGCCCUGGAGUUCCCCUCCCUUCAGUCUCACACAUUUCACUGUGGCUGCUGUGCCAGUGCACUGCUGGGUUUUUUGCUGCUGUUGGCCACUGUCAAACUAAAAAGUGGACUGUCCCUUGAGCACUUUGGGAUCUGGAGAUUUUUGUCAAAGGUUACUGCCAUGUCCCUCUCCCCGCUUGUUUUCCCCAUGGACAUUAACGCUCCUUCUCUAAUUUGUGUGGUGGUCAGUCAUGUCGGCGAGGCGCUGCUGGUGUAUUCUGACAGAGAACCUCCUCAGCUGUGAUCAACAGAAACUUUCACUUCAUGAAGUGAAAAAAGUUAUUUUUUCAAAUUAUUUUUGUAAUAUCUCUCGCCGAACAAAUAAAAUGAUCUCUUUGUACAUA